GUUAUCAGUUUUCUAUCGAUUGCGCACCGGCUGCACAAUUUUGUUUUUAUCUUAAAGUUGACAUUUUACAAUUAUUUAUUUUUUCGUUUUCCUUAAAUAACUGCCCGUGUGGUAAUUGUUUUGUUUAUAAAUUUUCUCAUUUCAUAUUUUGAGUUCUUCAUAAUGUCUAAUUCUUAUGAUACAUAUGUAUCUCCUUUGUCGACAAGAUAUGCUUCAGUAGAAAUGAAGUACAAUUUUAGUGACAAGAAAAAGUUUACAACAUGGAGAUAUCUCUGGACAGUAUUAGCGCAAGCUGAAAAGGAACUUGGUUUGGACAUAACCGACGAACAGCUGAAGGAACUACAGGAAAACGUGGAAAAUGUGGACUUUGAAGCGGCCGCCAAAGAAGAAAAGCUCACCCGACAUGACAUCAUGGCCCACGUGCAUACUUACGCAACCUGCUGUCCGACCGCCGCGCCUAUUAUUCAUUUGGGAGCAACUUCUUGUGAUAUAGGAGACAACGCCGACCUGGUGGUAAUCAGAGACGCUUUUGACAUUCUAUUGCCAAAGCUGGCUGGGUGCAUAAAGACUUUGGCCGAGUUCGCCGAUAACCACAAAUCGUUGGCCACAUUAGGUUUUACACAUUUCCAACCAGCUCAGCUGACGACCGUUGGUAAGCGGGCAUGUCUUUGGCUGCAAGACUUGUUGUUGUGCGAAAAAACGCUGAGUCGUGUCAGAUGCGAUCUUAAGUUUCGCGGUAUCAAAGGAACUACCGGAACUCAGGCGUCCUUCUUGCAACUAUUCAAUGGUGACUAUGAAAAAGUAAGAAAAUUGGACGAGAAAGUGACACAACUUGCAGGGUUCCAGUCAUCGUACCCCGUUACAGGACAGACUUACCCUCGAAUUGUUGAUGCAGAAAUUGUGUCCUCUCUAAGUGUUCUUGGAUCUGCUACUCAUAAGAUGUGCACGGAUUUGAGAUUAUUAGCUGGCAUGAAUGAAAUAGGCGAACCAUUUGAAACAACGCAAAUUGGUUCUAGCGCUAUGGCCUAUAAACAAAAUCCUAUGAGAAGCGAAAGAGUAUGUUCUAUUGCACGUUACUUAAUGAAUUUAGUCAAUAAUCCGCUAAAUACUGCAUCUGUCCAAUGGUUAGAACGUACAUUGGACGAUAGCGCAAACAGGCGUUUGUGUUUGUCAGAAGCAUUUCUAGCUGCUGACAGUAUUAUGUUAACAUUACAAAAUAUUCUUGAAGGCUUAACUGUGUUUCCAAAAGUUAUAUCGAGAAACAUAGACAAAGUUUUACCUUUCAUGGCCACCGAAAAUAUCAUUAUCGCCAUGGUUAAAUCUGGUGGGGAUAGACAAAUUUGUCAUGAAAAAAUAAGAGUUUUGUCAUUACAAGCUGCUAGUACGGUUCGCAUCGAUGGUCAAGAUAAUGAUCUAUUAGAUAGAGUUGUAAAAGAUCCAUAUUUUGCACCAAUACUUGAUCAACUACCUCAACUGUUAGAUCCGUCUACUUUUAUUGGAUGUGCUCCAAAUCAAGUUACAUACUUUUUGAAGGAAGAUGUGCAGCCUAUUGUCGAUAAAUACAUUUCGAAAAUCAAAACAACUGCUACAGUCUUAGAAAUCUAAAGCUAGUCACCAAAUUCGAUUUUAAUUUGUGUUAUUGCUUUUAACCAAUUUUAGUUGAUUUGUUAAAAUUUACCUCAAUAUUUCAUUAUAUGUUUAUUAUAUUAUGAGUUAAUAAUAAGUUUCUUUUAUUAUUUCAA